AUGCAAAUUGGCUGCAGUUCGGAAGUUGAAAUAAUCCUCUCCAGUUCGGAAGUGCGCCUGCCGUCGAUUGAACGCUAUCGCCCGAACUGUACCAGUGGGAAUCUAUUGGUCCCAGUUCGGGAGUCUGUCGGCGACCAAUCGAGCGCUAUCGUCCGAACUGGAGCAAAUCGAUUGCACCGAAAGGUCAAACCACUUGUUCGCCUUAUUAGGUACGCGAGUUUGCCGACGCUCAAUCAAGCGCAAAACAUCAUACUGUACACGUUGGCGCCGUUCGCCGUCCUCUGCUCGAUCGUCGCGUUCGUCGGCUUCAUCGCGCUCGCCUACUUCUACAAUUGCAAUCCGAUCGAGAGCGGCGAGAUCGUCGAGGUCGAUCACAUCACGAUAUUGUUCGCGCGCGACAUUCUACAACCAACGCCGGGACUUUUCGGUUUGUACGUCUCGUGCAUCAUGUCGGCGACACUUUCGACGCUGUCGUCGGGUAUGAAUAGUAUGGCGGCGGCGAUUUACGAGGAUUUCCUCAAAUCGCGUCUCGAUGGUAAAAUCACCGACACGAAUGCCACUAGGCUCAAUAAGGUAUCAUUGAGUUUCAACAGAAAAAAAGCGGGCUGUUUGAGGAUGGCCGAAAAAAUAUUCAAAAAAAAUUCACGCCCGAAUGGGAGCAGUCUCACGCCCGAACCGAUGUGA